UUUUGUGCACUGCACACCUGGGAAACAGGGCGGCACACUCUGGCACAUGGGCACAGGCCCCAUAUAGUUGCUGUUCCAGCUGCCGCAGGCUCACGCAUGGACUCCUUGUGGAGCCUGGGAGAAGAGUUUUAAGGUGUGACCUCUCUGGAGUGUUUUGCCCUGAGAAUGGAAGGAGGAGGAGGAGGAAACAUGGUUCUUUCAUUUCUAAAGGUGAUAUCACAGGAGUCAGUGAAGUUUAGAGACGUAGCUGUGGUCUUUUCUCCGGACCAGUGGGCUCAUCUGAGCCCUGAAAAGAGAGAACUGUAUCGGGAUGUGAUGCUGGAUACCUGUGAUCACCUUGUGUCAUUGGGACGCUGGGCUUACAAAGCAGAAGUGAUGUCCUCUUUGAGGCAAGGGAAGGAGCCCCGGAUGCUGGAGAAAGAGGUGACGAGUGCUCCAUGCCCAGCAUGUCAACCAGCAUUGGUGGAUUAUCAUGCCCUUUAUGAAUCUAUGAGCACCUUCAGGCAGAACCCUCACCAAGCAAAAGAUCGAGAACUUUCUGUUUUUGUCCAGCAGUAUGAAUGCAAAGACUGCAGCAUGGCGUUUAGUUGUAGCUCACAACUUGCUGAACACCAGCGAAUUCACCAGGUAGAGGAAGCCCCCAGAGAUGAUGAAGAGACAAAGGCCUUCAGGCAUCGUGCAUCGUUUCCAAGGCUCCAAAGAAUCGAUACUCUGGAUAAACACCUUGAAUGUGACCAGUGUGGCAAAACCUUUAACAGAGCUUCAAAGUUCAUUCAACAUCAGAGCACACACAGCAGACUGAAACCGCACAAGUGUGACGUGUGUCAGAGGGCCUUCCAGUUUCUUUCAUCCCUGAUUACACAUCAGAGAUUUCAUGCUGGCAAGAGACCACAGCUGACUCAGCAUCAAAGAACUCCUACACAAAAGAAACUCUUUGUCUGUAAGUUUUGUGGAAGGGCCUUUCACAGUUUCUCAGAAAAAAUUCAACACCAAAAAACUCAUACUAGAAAGAAAUAUUACACAUGUAAUCACUGCAAAAAGGACUUCAACCCCUAUUCACAGUUUCUCUUACAUCAAAGAGUUCACUCUGGAGAGAGACCCUACAAAUGUAAUGAUUGUGAAAAAUCCUUUAAAAGCCAAUCGAAUCUUAACAAACAUCAGAAAAUUCAUACUGGAGAGAAGCCCUUUUCAUGUAAUGAAUGUGAGAAGACCUUUACCCAGCUCGUAGAUCUUAAGCGUCAUAAACAAAUCCACACUGGGGAGAAACUUUACAGCUGUGAUGAUUGUAAAAAGACCUUUGUCCGUUUCUCAGAUCUAACGCGACAUCGAAGAACCCAUACUGGAGAGAGACCCUACAAGUGUAAUGUUUGUGAAAAAACCUUUAAACAUCAGUCAAAUGUUAUUAGACACCAGAAAAGUCAUUCUGAAGAGAGGCCAGAGACGCCCUUUUCAUGCGAUGGAUGUGAAAAGACCUUUCGCUAUUACUCUGACCUUAACCGACAUAAAAAAAUUCAUACUGAAGAGAAACCUUAUAAAUGUAGUGAAUGUCAAAAGGCUUUUAACCAUAGUUCAAAUCUUAGUAAGCACAUGAAAAUCCAUACUGGAGAGAAGCCCUUUGUAUGUGAUCAAUGUGGAAAAGCGUUCAGUCUAAAUUCGAAACUGUCUCGACAUCUGCAAACUCAUGAUAAAAAGAAACCCUGACUGUAGAAGAGGCAGGGAGGCAUUUAGAAAUCACUUACCUUUUACUAGAAAUCGAAAAUCUAAACCAAAGAGAUCAACGUGGAAAGGGUGUUAGCCAAAGUCCAAUUCUUCUGCAUGAAUUCAUCCUGUGUGGGAUAUUUUAGAAAUUUAAAUACAAGUUGAAGAAACGGGGAGAUGCGAUCAGAGACAUAUUUUCUGUAUUUCACUGACUCAGUUCUUUGAGCAAAAGCAACUAAACAUGCCCAAGCAAAAUUUGAACCUGAAAACAGCAGUUCCUAUGAUGGGAAGUAGACUCAUAGGCAGCUUGAGGGUGGAGUGAAAAGAACAGACUCAUUUUGCUGAUUGUUCAUUAUCUAUUUUCACUGGAUGAGUAAAAUCCUAGUUUUAACAGAGGUGGCUCUCUAUUUUGUAUGGAGGGGAUACAACUCUGAUCUAGGCGUAAGUAAGGACCACAAAAGCCAUUUCUUUGGAAUUAAAACUUCAGAGAAGAAGAAAUGUUGCCAGUGGACAAUGAAAACAAAAGGUGGGUCACGAUUUUAAAACCUAAAAGAAAGUUAAGAGGGAAGACAUGAGAAAUUUAAAGGUGGUGGGUCACUGGGCUACAAGACAAUGUUCCUGCUCCUUGUCUAAAUGGAUAGAAUUCAUAGACAUCCAGCUUCCUGGAGUAGUCGGCACCAUUAUCGAAUGUAUCCAGAGAACCAAGAGGAGACAGAGAGAUGGCAACAAUUCUAUGACUUAGAUUCAGGACUUGGAGAAUCCAUAGUAGUGUUACUCAAAAUAAGUUGAUUUCCUGUGUUCCCUGAUAAAUAAGUCACAAGUUUUCUAGGGCCUGCUAACACUGAUGGGAAAUGUUGCAUACAUUCAAGUCUUGUGUCAGAAAUCUACACUUUUCUGAAUCGGUUCCUAUAAUCAUCGGUGGCACCUUAGCCCUGUUCAGUCAAGUGGGGUUGGGUGUAGUCGAACAUGUCUCUUUAGGACUGCUCUCAAGCCAUAGAAAUUGAUGGAAAGACUUUCAGUUUCUUCUUUGUGGGUCGUUCUCUCAUCUUUCUGACCUCUGCUUUCCCAAAUAUUAGAGUAUUAUAGUGGUUGCCACAUAGCUAAAUUGUUGUGUAAUCAUUGGAGGCAGCUCCUCAUCCCAUGUUCAUUCCUUAUGUGCUUUUUUUUUUUUAAUCUCUAAGAAAGGGUAUGGACAUAAGCUCACUUUUUGCAAAUAACCUAUAAAAUUAUGUGUCUGUUGAGUUAUAUACAAUGAAAAUGCAACUGAAUAUGUUUAAAAGAUGAGUAUAAAAUAAAUGUGAUCAAUGCAAUUAUGAAAA